AUGCAUUUUACCACUCUCAUCGCCUCUGCUGUCCUUGCUCUCGGUGUCUCUGCUGAAGGCAUCAACUGCCACGGCAGCAGCAACUGCGCCAACGCCGGUUUCAAGCUGACAGGCCUCCUCCGAACCGCCCAGGACCUGAACGACAACAAGUGGUACUACAACGGCCAGCACAUCGCCUGUUGGCAGGCUCUUGACAAGACCGGGUUCUGUGCAUUCCUCCAGAACACCGGUGGCCUUCCUGGCAAGGACAUCAAGAGGCUGCUCCAGGAGCUGGUCAACCAUGGAUGUGCCAAGUGCGGCAGUGUUCCUGCGUUCUACCCUAGCGACAACGAUAUCAAGUCUCAUGGAAUGCUCACUGUCAACUACGUCUCGAAGACGAACUGCAACGGGCUCUGCUAG